UCUCGUAUCUUCGCACCAUUCCAAUCCCUACCCUCGCGCCCUUCCCUCCCCAGCUCGCGAAAUCGAAAACACGCACUGGCCUCUGCUAAAAUGAGCGGCCCGAGCGCAGGCGAAGAUCGCGACCUGAUGUCGGAAGCUACAAAGGCGGCCGAACAUCUCUAUCACGUGCGGGACACGUAUUUCCCUUCCGAUCCCGAGCAAAAGAUCUCGACUCUCCGCAGAGAAGCAGAUCUCGCUCUCAAGCUCCUCGAUUCGAUCCCCACCGAAGAAAGGAAAUCACCAGCACAACGUGCAACUUAUGAAUACCUAAGAGGGAAGAUAUUGGAUGCAUUUCCAGAUUAUAGGAAAGAAGCAGAGGAUCAUCUUUCAAAAGCUGUUAAGUUGAAUCCGUCUCUUGCAGAUGCUUGGCUAUGCUUAGGAAAUUGCAUUUGGAAGAAGGGAGAUCUGCUUUCAGCAAAGAACUGCUAUUCUCUAGCUCUAAAUAAGGGUCCAAACAAGAAGAUACUUUGUCAGCUGUCAAUGCUCGAAAGAAAAUUGGCUCAAGGCACUGAGAAUCAAGCACAACUUGUCGAGGACAGCAUUCACCAUGCAAAGGAAGCCAUAGCACUGGAUGUCAAGGAUGGCAAUUCUUGGUACAACUUAGGAAAUGCAUGCCUUACCAGUUUUUUUGUAACUGGAGCAUGGGACCACAGCAAGCUUUUGCAAUCAUUAAAAGCUUACCAAAAUGCUGAAAAAGAUGAACAAAUGAAGUCUAAUCCUGAUCUAUAUUUCAACUGUGCAACUGUGAACAGGUAUCUAGAAAACUAUGAAAGAGCCUUGAGUGGAUUCGAAGCUGCUGCUUUGAAGGAUCCUGGCCUCAAUGCCGGUGAGGAGGUGCAGAAGAUGGUCAAUCUUCUUGACAAGCUGGACAUCUCCAUGAAAGGUCAAGCUAAGGCAAGACGACUUGCAUCAGUGGCAUCAUCUUUGGGCGAGGCUACAGAGAAUUCAUCAUACAAGAAAGCCACUAUAAGUGACCUCUUGGAGGGGCUGAAUAAAACAGUCGUAGUUGUGGGGAAAGUGCUCCUCUUUAUUAGGCACGACAAUAUAGCUCCUCUAUACUAUUUGGUAUGUGAUUCAGAUCAGAAUUGUUUCGUUCUUUCGGUGUAUGGGCUGCGGAAUGAUGCUAUCAAGGAAGGAGAUCGGUUGACAUUGAUGGAGCCUUGCUACCGAGCUGUAGAUUUUACCUGGAAGGGCAAGCAGCAUUACCAAUUCAGAUCGAUACGGGUGGACUUCAUGGAGCAAAUUCUCGUAAACGGAAAGGUGCCAGCUCCUCAUCAGGCAGUUCGUUCGUCCAUCCAUGCACAACAUAAACCAUGAACCAUCAUCGCUUUUCAAGCGAAAAUCUCUGUGAGUGAUAUAGUUUGAUGAGGGUUUUUUUUUUUUUUGUAUUUUAUUUUUUCAUUUUUCUUGAUCUGUAAACUGUGUAAUUAAAGAAAAAGGAAAGCACAAGCUCUCCAUUGUCUAAAAGUGAAAUGCCUCAGAAAAAAUGGAAAAGAAAGGGCAGGUGUAUGUUGCAUGCUUACUGUUGUUGAAUCUACAUUACAUGAUUGGCUA